UUCGUUGAUUGUAUUGUAUGAUUGUACACGAAUUUAAUUUUGAGAAAAUCAGCCAUAAUAAGUCUGAAUUGGUGUUAAGUUGGAGUAAUUUAACAUCAAAUUGUGUUUUUAAUCUUUGUUAUAAACAUACAUUUGCAUCAUACAAGUUAACCUUAUAAGUGUUAUGAGAAUAUUGGUGUCCGUGCUAGGUUUUGUCGUGCUGUAGUAGUUUUAGCGGUUGAAGAUGAGUUACAAUUCGGGUGGGAGUGGGAGCAAGGGCUUCGGGUUUGCAGGGUUCGCGAUGCCUAAGCGAAACCCGUCUAAUGUGUCUUUGCACGCCGUGCCGCCUCCGUCGUCGCAAAUGAACGCGGUGCCGCCGCCAAGCUCGGGGCUGUCCAAGCAGGGCUACUCGACUAUGACAGCGAUAACCCAGAAUGCUGUGACGGGCAACUGGGGCACAUUGGGCAAGAAACGGUCCAAGACUGAAGAUGAAUACUUUGAUGAGGAUGAUGAACCCCCAACUCCAGCAUUGGCCUACAUCCCAGCACCAGGCAGCCCCACCUAUGAAGCUGCAGCUAGAGCUAAGCAAGCGGAAGAUGAAGAAGAAGAUCCUCUGGACGCCUUCAUGGCGGGGUUAGAGCAGCAAGCGGCUAAAGACCUGGUUCAGAGCAAGGAGAAUGCUUGUAAGACGGACUCCGGCCGAGGGGCAAGACAGGAUAUUGAUGAUAUGGACGAUGAAGAGAGCUACUACAAGUACAUGGAGGACAACCCGCUCAACAACGCUGACGACGGAUCCGACGUCGAAAUCGAAUACGACGAGGACGGCAACCCCAUCGCGCCCCCCAAGAAGAAGUUCAUUGACCCCCUCCCCCCUAUAGACCACUCGGAGAUCGAGUAUGAACCGUUUGAGAAGAACUUCUAUACGCCGCACGAGGAUAUUGAAAAGUUAGACCAUCAGCAGGUUGAGGAUUUGAAGAAAACACUUGGAAUUAAGGUGACAGGCCCAGACCCGCCUAAACCCGUGACGAGCUUCGGUCACUUCGGCUUCGACGAGCAACUAAUGAAGGCGAUCCAGCGCUCUGAAUACACGCAACCUACUCCAGUACAGGCUGCUGGCGUACCCGCUGCGCUGUCUGGGAGAGAUCUUAUUGGUAUCGCUCGGACCGGUUCUGGUAAAACUGCCGCGUUCCUCUGGCCUCUUCUGGUCCACAUUAUGGACCAGAAAGAGCUCGCGCCGGGCGACGGGCCAAUCGGCCUUAUAUUGGCGCCCACCAGAGAAUUGGCACAACAGAUUUACAUGGAAGCAAAGAAGUUCGGAAAGGUGUACAACAUCAGGUGCGUGUGCUGCUACGGUGGCGGCUCCAAGUGGGAACAAACCAAAGCUUUAGAGGGUGGCGGUGCUGAGAUAAUAGUGGGCACGCCAGGUCGAGUCAUCGAUCUUAUCAAGUGUAAAGCUACAAACCUCCAACGUGUGACGUACUUAGUACUUGAUGAAGCUGAUCGGAUGUUCGAUAUGGGUUUCGAGCCCCAAGUCCGCUCAAUCUGCAACCACGUGCGUCCCGACCGGCAAGCGCUACUAUUCUCCGCUACGUUCCCGCGUAGAGUAGAGAGGCUAGCGCGCGACGCUCUCCACGACCCCGUGCGCGUUCAGCACGGGGCGGCCGGAGAGGCCAGCGCCCUUGUGACACAGCGAGCGCAUAUAUUCAACAAGCCGGAGGAGAAAUGGACGUGGCUACUGAAUAAUCUAGUCGAGUUCCAAUCUGCAGGCAGUGUUCUCAUAUUCGUAACCAAAAAGUUGGAAGCGGAGCAAGUGGCAGCUAACUUGGGUGUCCAGCAAUACGACGCUUUAUUAUUACACGGAGACAUGGAACAGGCGGAUCGUAACAAAGUCAUCACGGCGUUCAAACGACAGGAAGUCAACAUUCUCGUCGCUACUGAUGUUGCUGCACGCGGUCUCGAUAUCCCCCACAUCAGAACAGUCAUCAACUACACCGUAGCGCGCGACGUGGACACUCACACGCAUCGCGUGGGCCGCACCGGCCGCGCCGGCGUUCGUGGCGACGCCUAUACCUUACUAGAGCGAGCCAAGGAUAAAGACUUCGCUGGACACCUGCUUAGGAACUUAGAACAGGCUCAACAGGAGGUCCCUGAAGACCUGAUGCAGCUCGCGAUGCAGUCCGCCUGGUUCCGCAAGUCGCGCUUCAAGAAGGGCAAGGGAAAGAACCUGAACAUCGGGGGGUGUGGCCUUGGAUAUAAGGAGCGCCCAGGGCUACCAGCGCACACAGAUGAGCCGACGGUGGCGCCCCCUGAGGCGAAAACGGGCGGUCCCGCUACCGACAGACUGUCUUCCCUCAAGCAGGCUUUCCGCUCCCAAUAUAACCAGUUCACCGCCUCAUCCGACCACUCAUGGGAGCAGACGCUACAGAGCAGCAUCCAGCCCGGCGUCAACGCGCCCGCGCGGCAAGAGGACCGAGUGCGCAAGAGCGGCAAGCGCAGCCGAUGGGAGUAAGGCCCAUAUUACACCAUAUGUAUCUCUUCAUAGGCCUGUAUGCCUCCCUUUUUCUUCAA